AUGGUCAAAGCGUACAAGAGCCAUCUGUGUCUUCUAAAAGAGCAGGGGAUCCUAAUUGUGGGCAUGGUUACCAUGGAGCAGGCAGCCGUCCUGUUCUUAUUGCCUCUUAUAGGGAAGCCGGUCAGCCUGAGCUACAGAUGCCCUUGCCGAUUCUUCGAGAGCCAUGUUGCAAGAGCCAACGUCAAGCAUCUCAAAAUCCUCAACACUCCAAACUGUGCCCUUCAGAUUGUGGCCAAGCUGAAGAACAACAACAGACAAGUGUGCAUCGACCCGAAACUGAAGUGGAUUCAGGAAUACCUGGAGAAAGCUUUAAACAAGGUUCACCGCACUGGAAUCAGUCCACACCUGCCUCUACUUCUACCUCAGCGAAGCUCAGACACCAACUAG